AAUUAAUGAAGUCUUUGAUUAUUUUUUUGAUUCUCUUAGCUAGUAUCAUUAUACCCAGCAAUUGUAUUAUAAUUUAGUUUAUUUAGAAAUUGGAUUAAAUAAUUAAAAUGUAAUUUCAGAUUGUGAUUGCUUAGGAUAAUUUAAUUGCCCAUGUGGAAAUAAAGAUGUAUAUAAUCUCCUUAUUUAAUAGAUUUUAUAUGUAAUGAGAAGUGGAUAAGAUAGACUUAUGUUUAAGUUGAAUAAUAAGGAAAAAGAAUAUAUUAAAGAACUAAAUAAGUAAUCAAAGCACAAGCAUAAAUGAAUAUAUUUAUUCCUAUAACCC